AUGGGGUUCACAACCGUUGGAUAUCCUACCAGGCAUCAUAAGAGGAGAAAAAUAAAACAUCAUGAUGAAUUUCCAGUGUAUUAUGAUGCCCGCCAUCGGAAAGCUCACAGAGCCAAAGAUCGGUCAGCAACCACCAGUGAUCUAUAUGUGGUUCAUGCUAUAGACAAAACUGAUGUACGUACUAAUCCUACAAUGACAGUAGAGCUAACCCGUAAGAUAAGGGCCACUGAAAAGAUAAAUUUGCAAGCUCUUCCGGGAGAAAUUAUACAAAGGAUAUUCGUUUUGUCACAAGAUGUCAACUCGUUACCUUUGGUAAAUAAAACAUUUUAUAGGUUUCUUCGACCUUACCCAACUUUAGUCUCUGACCUUUUUUGGGAGAAAUACUUAUGGGAUCCUUUUGAAUUCCUAUCUGCUCAUGCCUUGUUAACUGAUAAAAAUCCCGUUCAGAGGUCGAAGGUUAAAUACCUUUCGCCAACCGUAUUUGAUGAUAAAUUCUUCACCAAUUACUUCAUUGCAAACUAUGAAUAUAUACUUCCAAUUAUCAAUGGAUUCAUUCAUCCAAAUGUAGAAAAGAAUAUUGAAAAGCAAUUCUUGGAGGAUCCGACAAUUGAUCAAGACCAAUUAUUAUCAACUUUGUUUGACUUGAAUAUAAAAGAAUUUAAUGGGGAUCUUCCAGAUUUUAUAUAUCAAAGGCAUGAUCUCCUAUUUGGUAAAAAGACAUUUAUUCGUGCAAUCUUUUCCUAUUUUGGCAUGUUUCCUAUAGAUGGUUCGUCCAUAUUCAAUUUAAUUCAUAUUGUUCAAAGGCUGUUCCUUGGCGCUCUUCAACAUUAUUUCGAUAAUUCACACAUCAAGGAGACCGAAUUAUGGGAGACCUUACGUUUCCUUGUAGAGUUUUUGGCAAGUGGAAAUUUAACGAAAGACUGUUUCUUUUUGGAACAAAUUGUAGAUUUAGUACUGAAAGCAAUGCCUCUAGGAAAAAAUGAGAAUGUAAAUCGACGCUAUUUUAUUAUUUCAGAAAUAUGGAGAAGAUAUUAUAACUCGGAUGAUUUACAAAAUAUUUUAUCUGAUUCAGCAUUCUGGCCUUAUUUGCACGAGAGUAAAGAUGAAAGACUGAUAGAUUUAGUUAUCCAACAUGGCGCCGAGCUCCCAUUCACUUCCAUGUUUUAG